CCGAGAACACGCCACGAUGGAUGAUAAAAAGCAACGCCUGAGGACAGACUAUGGAUUCUUCCUCACAUAUCGCACACGCUGGAGCGACAAUGAUCAAUACGGACACGUCAAUAAUGCAAUUUACUACCACUUAUUCGAUGCAGUCGUAAAUACCUACCUCAUCGAACAAUGCGGAAUGGAUCCCAUGAAAUCCGAACACAUCGGACUUGUUGUCUCCUCGUUCUGCGAGUUUUUUUCACCUGUGGCAUUUCCAGACGUACUGGACCUUGGCCUGAGGGUCACUCGUCUUGGAACCAGUUCAGUUACCUACGAAGUGGGGGUGUUCAAAUCGAAAGCCUCCUUCCAAGAGAGGAACGAGGUGUCUGACAUGGUUUGUGCUGUUGGCGGAUAUACCCACGUUUUUGUGGAGAGUGCUUCUCGCGGGAGCACUCCGAUGAGUGGGGUGUUGAGAUCUAACUUAAUGAAGUUAGCAAAACAGACCCCCGCUCCUGCUAUCUCUAAGUUAUGAAACUUCUGGUCAGACGGAGUUGACCGCUAAGUAUGGCUUCACUAGAUUACCAGGCGACCCCAUGACACUGACAGUUUAUGUACCAC